AUGUCGCUCGAACUGUUUGAGGUGCCUGAUGUGGAUUAUCGGUACGAAGCCUCGCGGGAGGUGGAGUUUCAACCCGCUUUGACAGGCAUCCAGCCCAUCACUUUCUCCAUUCCUGGCUCUGACGAUUAUUACGAUCUCAAUUCUCUCCGCUUCAAAGUCAAAGUGCGCUUGACCGAUCCAGCUGCUGGGUAUACAGGACUGCAUGCGGGUCUACUCAUUUCCAAUGCCAACGAAACCAGACAUGUCUACUGCGUCAACAAUUUUGGCCACACCAUCUUUCGAGACAUUACCAUGAGCAUGAAUGGCGUCCUUGUGACCGAACAGAGCAACACUUACCAUUACAGAGCCUACAUAGAAACCCUGCUGAAUUACAACCGAGAAGAAGGAGCCACCAAGCUAGCUCCCCAAGGAUGGGUCAAUCAGCUGAAUGUAGCAGAAGAAAUAGGAGCCACCGCCGCCAAUUCCGAUGUCCCUGUGGCUGCAGGAUGGAGUGGCAAUGCAGACUUGCGAACCCUGACCAGCAAGUUACUGAGUGAAAAUUGGCACACCUUCAUCGUGCGUCCCCAUUUGCCCACCCUCCAUACAGGCAAAUUGUUGGUCCCCAAUAUCCAGAUGGACUUUGAACUGUUCCUCAACCCCAAGACCAUCUACCUGAUGGGCUCCCCCAACAAAGGCACCUUAGUCACCAAGAAAAUUCCAGCCAUCCACAAUGAUGACAUCAAAGUCACCUUGUUGAUGAGAAAAGUGACCCUGAAUGCUGCUGUCUAUGUCAGACUGCAAAAAGAAAGACAACUGAACAAACAGAUUGCCCGCUACCCUGUGGUGCGGAGUGAAAUUCGCACCUUUUCCUUUGAUGGACGCACCACCCAAUGGGAACAAGACAAUGUGUUUGUGGGUCGAUUUCCUGAUCGAGUGAUCGUCGGGUUAUUGCAUUCGGAUGCCUUCAAUGGAGACCUGGAAAGAUACCCUUUUGCUUUUCAAAAGUUUGGGGUCACCCAAGUACGACAGACCUUGAAUGGAGAAGAAUACCCUUACAGAACCCUGCAAUUGACAGGAGACCAAGCCUAUGAAGAUUUGCUGGGCUACGAUCGAUUUCUACAAGCCAUGGGUGCCUACAAUGAAAACAAGAUUCCCAUGCUGCUGCCUGGUGAUUGGGGAAAUGGCAAGAAUUGUACCUUGUUCAUGUUCAACAAUGUGCCUAGUCAAAAAGCCGAUGACCCUGAAUAUCGCAACCCCCGUCAAUCGGGCAAUACGCGAUUGAUCAUUGAUUUUUCGGCGGCUGUGGGACACAACGUCACCGUCUUGAUAUGGAGCGAGUAUGAAAACAUGUAUGAGAUCAACCAUCUGGGAGGUAUAAAGUACAACAUCAACGGCUGAAAUCAUCUCAGAAGUCAAAAGACACCGAGCAUGGAGUUUGUGGCACUCAGUGACACUGUGUUGCGGACCCUGGCCUUGGAAGACCCCGAAUUACGACGCGUGUUUCAUGGGGUGCAUCCCGCCGACCAACUCCCCCGAUCCCCCGCCAAGGAGAUCCGUCAAGCCUACAUUGUCAACACGGACCCCGCGGGAGAACCGGGCCAGCAUUGGUUGGGCCUGUGGACCGAAAAGAACCAGUGCGAGAUCUUUGACAGUUAUGGUCUACCCCUGCACGUGUACACCACCCCGGAGUUGCACCAAUGGUGGGGUCAAUGGAAGUACCUGACGCGCAGUGACCAGACCCUGCAAGCCCUGGAUAGUCAAACCUGUGGCCAUUAUGCUUUAUUUUUCUUAAAAGCCCGGGCACAAGGACGGUCCUAUCAAGAAUUUUUGAGUCAAUGGAGUUGCGAUAAUUUAGUGUUGAAUGAUCAUAAAGUGGCCGACCAGUUGAAACGGGUGAUUAAACAGGAAUUACAAGAUGAAGUGGAUGCCCGACCUGAUGGGGGGCAAAAGAAUGUAAGCCGCCAGGCCUUUAUCACGUGUCAUCCUUGUGCAUGUUAAUAAAAACCAUAAAACGAGAUGUGUUGUGAAUGAGUGGUCAUUUGUCUCUCAUGAUGAUUACGCGAAGCGAUGUCCAGCGUAUUGUGGAUGCGUUUAUUCUCGAAGAAACCUUGUAUUGGUGGGAACACCCCAUCGAGCGGGUCAACACGGUGCAAGGCAUUGACGCGUGGGAUGGGUAUCAUUGGUUAGUGGCCCGACAAUUGGCGCAAGACCAAGAUUGGGUCUCUCUCAAACAGUAUAUGGAUAGCAUGAGCGAAACGUAUUUAAGAGAAACCAUGGAAGGCCUGAUCCAGUCUGAAUCGCCACGUGUGUAUCGCGAGUAUUGGACAGAAUGCCCCACCGCAGACGACGGCGACGACGACGACAACGACAGGGCACCCGACGACCCUGCUUUCGCCAAAACGGACGAGGCAUCAUGAGCGUGUUGGCCAAAGCCUAUAAAAUCGGGGACAAAUUGGGACGCGACAAACGGUAUAAACGUAUGGGCGCUAAAGGGGCCACCGGUCAUUAUCGACGUCACCCUCGUCCGUGGGAAUCAUGAUCCGUCAACCCAGCAGUGUGAUUAUCGCAGGCCCGUCGGGCAGUGGCAAGACGGAUUUGGUGGAACAAUGGUUACGGUACCUGAACGUGUUUCAAGUCAAACCCCGCAAGAUUGUGUAUGCCUAUGAUCGUUGGCAACCCCGAUUCGAGCGGAUGCAGCAAAAGAUGGAAUUCAAUUUUAUCGCGGGUUACCGGACCCCGUCAUUUGACGCAAUGGUUUGGUCGAACGCGUGGCGGGUGUUGGUCUUGGACGACCUGAUGGAAGAAGGGGGACAAGACAAGCGCGUGUUGGAUUUGUUCACCAAAGAUUCGCAUCAUCGUAACAUCACGGUGUUGUAUUUGACGCAAGAUUUAUUCCCGCCUGGCAAAUUUUCCAAGACCAUCAAUCGCAACGCACAUUACAUUGUGGCCUUCAAAAACCCCCGGGAUCAAACAGGCAUUCGGACCAUUUUAUUGCAAGCCUUUCCGGAUCGGUGGCGUCAAGUGUUGCGCCUAUUUAAACGCAUCACGGCUCGACCUUUUGGCUAUUUGAUGUUGGAUGUGCAUCCAGCCUCGGAUGAUCGCUACCGCCUGUGGAGUCAUUUAACG